AUGUGUGCGCCAAAUUUAGUUCCGAUCGGUUUAACCGGAAAUGAGAAUUCGUCAAAUACGGAACGUAUUAAGGAAUUGGAGGCACAGCUGUUCGAGCAAUCUGAGUUACUCGAUAACAAGGAAUCACAACUAAAAUCGUACAAAACGGAGUUGCUAUCGCUCAGCGAGCGAUUUAACAAACUCUCCCAAAUCGAAAACGACCAAGUGGCCACCGAAAUGACCUCGAUACACUUCGAAGAACAGCUCGAUAAUUUAGAAUUGGAAAAGAAGGCUCUGAUCGAAAAGAACGACCUAAUCAUGUUGGAAAAGGAGUCGCUUUUGGAGAAAUUGGAGAACCUGGCGACGGAGAAGCAGGAGAUCGCGAGCAAAUUGGAUAGCUACAUGCAGGAGAAUAUGGACCUCAUUGACAAGUUGGAAAAGUUGAGCGCCGAGAAGGUGUCGUCGGCCGAAAGUAUCGAAAUGGUUGAAAAUCUCACGCAGCAGGAGAAGUUAGAGUUGGAGGCCUACCAGCAAAGUUUGGAGUUAAAUUCGGGCGGCGCUAUCGAAACCUUAGAUCCGAAUCCUGAGCUGAAUGAGAGUGUUAAUCAACUUACGGAGGAGACUUGCGACUUGCUUAGGAAAAUUGAGCUGUUUACUGAGGAGAGAAAGGAGGUUAUGGAAAAGAUGGAAACGCUAGCCACCGAAAACAGCCAGUUAAAUAUGAAAGUGCAAGAAAUUGAGAACAACCGAGAUAUUCUGUCUGAGACCUACGAGCAAUUACAAAAUGAGAAGGAGAGCGUCGAGCAGGAGAGAAAUACCCUGAAGCUUUUAGAACAGGAAUUAAAUAACGAAAUUGCCCAACUGAAAAAGGAGAACGAAAUGCUCAAGCAUGAAAUCAAAAGUGGAAGCGAGAACGAACAAGUGAUGUCAUUCGAAACCGUAAUGCCAUUAGAUGACACGAAGGACGCCGAAUUACAGAAACAAAUCGACGAGUCCAGAAGCCUGGUAGAGCUGCAAAAGAGUGAGAUAAAGGAGUUGAAAGCAGAACUGCUGUCGUACAAAGACUUACCGGUGGCGAAUAGGGAGCUGCACGAAAAAAUAACAACUUUAGAAGAGCAAUACGCGGCUCUCAAAUCCGAAAACGACAACCUAAGCAAAACAAUCAAGGAGACUUCGGAAGUGGUCCAAGAGAAGCAUGUAAUGGAAACGGAACUGACGACGGUUCGCAGUCGAAUCGCCGAAUACGACGCGAAACUACGCGAAAACCUUGACGAACUAGAGAACUACAAAGCGAUAAUCGAAGAAAAUCGAGAGGAGCUCAUUUCGAGCUCGAACGUCAUCGCCGAUUUGCAAGAGAAAGUGCAGGAAAAGCAGUCCGAAAUUGGUCAUUAUCAGAACGAGGUGUCACAUUUAAAUUCCGUGAUCGCGGAAUUAAACAGUGCGCUCUCCCACUUGGACUCGGAGAAUCGAAAGAAUAACGAGUACGUCGACACGAUCGAGGCGAUGUCCGGACAGCUUCAGGAGCUCAAGGCGCUCCUCAACGAGAACAUCAAUCAGAUCGAGGUUUACGAGCGGGAGCUGCAGCAGAAUUCCGUUACGAUCGGCAAGCUGAACACUCAGCUGAAGGAGUUGGGCGAGAGACUGCUGGAUAUGGAGCACGAGUUGGCGUGUAAGGAUGACGAAAUAAGCAAACUGAAUAAGGAGAGGGAUAACAAGGAGGUGAUGAUCGUGAAUUUGCAAGAUCAGUUGAGGCAGAAGGAGGAACGGUUUAGGGAGGUUUGCGAGUCGUUAAACGCCAAGUAUCUUACGCUGCAGAGUCAAAUUGAGCAGAAUGCUGGGUCGUUGAGUAACAUAAAGGAUCCAUUAUCAAAAAUAGAAGCCUUAGAAACAAAGAACAAGGAACAACUUGAGAAAAUGAAAAAAAUAGCGGCAAAUUUAAAAAAGAAAACUACCGCCUACUCCGAAUUAGAACUGAAAUGCAAGGAUCUGACCCAAACACUCGAAACGCGAGAGAAAGAGAAACAGUUUUUGCAAGAGAGUAUUGACAACCACGAGGACGAGAUUAAAUCGCAGAUGCAGCAGCUACAAAAUCUGGAGGAAAAAAUGGCCGCCAUCGAAACUUUACUAACGCAAAAAUCGAACGAACUGGACGAGCGCAGUCGCGAAAUAACGACCUUGAAGCAGAACUUCGAGGAAUUGCAGCACGCGAAUCGAGACUUCGAGUCUCAGCUGAAUGCGUUGAGAACAGAAACCGAAAUGCAACAUUCGAACGAGAGCAACUUUUUCAACAUCGAAAUCAACGAAAAGAACCAGAUCAUUGAAAAUCUAAAUCGCCUGCUGGAGAGCACGCAGUACCAGGCCGAGACGAACACGAACGCCCUUCAGGCGAAGAUAACCGAAAUGGACAUGGUGGUCGAGAAUCAGGAGACGGAAAUCUCCAAGUUUAAGGAGAAAAUAAAUAAGCUCGAAGAGUUCAUAUCGACGAUCGAAGAACGACGACUCUCGCUCGAGAAGCAAACCGUCGAGUUAAACGCCCAGUUGCUGGAGAAGUCCAACAGUUACGAGGAAAUUUCGCAAGCCGAAGACGUUCUGGAGCGACGACUUGAGGCGCUAACCGCCCACGAUGAGCAGGUGCAGCGACGACUGCACACCGCGGUUGUCGAAAACCAGGAGUUGACGGAACAGAAUCAACGUUUAAUGGAAGAAAAUGACGAACUUAAGCAUCAUCUCAGCGCGGCGACCGAGAAGAACCUUCAAUCCUCGUCGGAUCAAGAGACUUUGGCAAGUUUACAGGGUGAGCUUUCGCACCUUAACGAAGUUAUUGGCCGACUCGAUAACGAAAACAAACAUCUACACGAGAACUACGAACGGAAACUUGGCGAGAAGGCGGCCGACAUAGAGACGUUAGAAUUCGAACAGCAGAAUCAAGUUGAGCAAAUCGCGCUGGAACGCAAGAGAUUGAUCGCGCAGUGCGAGCAAAAAGAAGACGAACUGAGGGAGUACGUCGAGAAGCAAUCGUUAUAUAUUGAAGAUAUUAUGAAUUACAAGCAAAAGCUGGAUCAGCAGCAGAGCGAUUUUGAGGAACAGAUGAAAGUGUUUGAGAAACUGAGCGACGAACAUAGAAAGAACCUAACGGUCUUGGAAGAUCUCGAUUCGGAGUAUCGAGAGUUGAAAGUUAAAAAUGUGGAGUUUGCGGAUUUAGUUAGGUUGAGGGACGAGGAGGUGCACAAGUUGACCCGUGAAAUGAACGAGCUGAGAAGUCAACUGCAACAGCACAUGGAAAUUAAUUCCGAUCUUGCACAGCAGAAUUCGAGUUUGACUGAUCGAAUUCAAGGGUUGGAGCAGAAACGUGAAGGUAAGUUGUCUCAAAUUAUUCCGUUUUUGAGGACGCUACGCAAUUCGAAAAUAGUAGAACGUGUUGUUUUCUAUUGCCUAGUUGACCUUUGCGGUUAG